AUGGGAUCAUUUUAUAAAUCAAAAAUUUCUUAUUGUGUUAAACUAACAUACCAAAAUCGUCAAACAACAAUCAAUAAUAAAACAUCAUCAUAUACAACAUAUGCAAGUUCAUCUGGUGAAACUUUACAAUCAUCAAAUCCACCAUGUAAUUUAUCAGUCAAUCAAAGAUCAAAAAAAUCAUCAAAAAAUUCAAAUUUAGGACAUAUGUCACGACCAGUGGAUCAUAGAAAUUUGCCACUACCUCAUAUGCAAUCUCAAGACAUACAUCUCCAUCAUCGUAUGUUAAGUCAACCAGAUUCAAUGUCUCGACAUGUCAAUCCACAUCAACCUGGUAAUUUACCUCCACCACAUUCACAUAUAGAAAUGCACCAAUUCCAAUUACAAGAAUUGGCCGGAAUUGGAAUUAGUGCAUCCCUAUUAAGAACUGCGAAGGUUAACUGCUGUGUUUGGAACCUAUGA